CACUUGACUCCAGACGUUGAUCUCCACAGGACUCUUCCCUGCUGGUCAGCAAUGUAUCGGCUAGCUGUGGUGAAGAACAGGAAGAGAGCUUGUUUGCAGCCCUGGGUUAUUGGCCUCAUCACCUUUAUCUCCCUGAUUGUCCUGGCAGUGUGCAUUGGACUUACUGUUCAUUAUGUGAGAUACAAUCAAAGGAAGACCUACAAUUACUAUAGCACAUUGUCAUUUACAAGUAACAAACUGUAUGGUGACUUUGGAAGAGAGGGUUCUAAAAAUUUCACAGAAAUGAGCCAGAAAAUUGAAUCAAUGGUGAAAGAUGCUUUUCAUAAAUCUCCAUUGAGGGAAGAAUUUGUCAAGUCUCACAUUAUCAGGUUCAGUCAAGAGGAACAUGGAGUGUUGGCUCAUAUGCUGCUGAUUUUUAGAUUUCGCUGUACUGAGGAUCCUGAAACCAGUGACAAAAUUAUUCAACAUGUUCUACCUGAAAAGCUGCAAGAUGCUGUAGGACCCCCUAAAUUAGAUCCUGAAUCAGUUGAAAUUAAAAAAAUCAACAAGACAGAAACAGACAACUUUCUGAACAAUUGCUGUGGGACACGAAGGAGUAAAACUACAAGUCAGAGUGUCAGGAUCAUCGGUGGGACACAGGUAGAAGAGGGUGAAUGGCCGUGGCAAGCUAGUCUGCAGUGGGAUGGAAUCCAUCGCUGUGGAGCAACUUUAAUUAAUAGCACAUGGCUUGUGAGUGCUGCUCACUGCUUUAGAAUGUAUAAGGACCCAGACAGAUGGACCGUUUCCUUUGGAGUAACAAUAAAGCCUCCAAAGAUGAAACAAGGCCUUCGAAGGAUAUUUGUCCAUGAAAAAUAUAAGUACCCAUCACAUGACUAUGAUAUUUCAGUUGCAGAGCUUUCUAGCCCUGUUCCCUACACAAAUGCAGUACAUAGGAUUUGUCUCCCUGAUGCAUCCCAUGAGUUCCACCCAGGCAAUGAGAUGUUUGUGACAGGAUUUGGAGCACUGCAAAAUGAUGGUGGUAGUCAAAAUCAUCUUUGGCAAGUACAAGUGGAUCUCAUAGACACUCAAACCUGUAACGAACCCCAAUCUUACAAUGGUGCCAUAACUCCUAGAAUGUUAUGUGCUGGAUCCUUGAAAGGAAAAAGAGAUGCGUGCCAGGGUGACUCCGGAGGACCACUGGUUAGUCCAGAUGCUAGAGAUAUCUGGUAUCUUGCUGGAAUAGUGAGCUGGGGAGAUGAAUGUGCACAACCUAAUAAGCCCGGUGUUUACACUAGAGUGACUGCUUUCCGGGACUGGAUCCGUUCCAAAACUGGUAUCUAAGAGAGAAAACCCUAGUAGAAUGGAGCACAUUUUUGUGUAUGGGCCAUUCUCAGAGAUACAGAAUCACAGAAGUCUUGCAGGUCCCUCGGAUCUGACCCAUCUAACUAAACUGUCUGCUUGAUGCAUAUAUUUCCUUCCUAACUCUGCUCCACACUAAGCAUCCUGCUUCUGCAGAUAGAUUCUGUCCCACUUUGCAUUCAUUUGUUUUCUAGAAGUUUUGUCAUCAAAAUUUUGGCUUGUUGACAUAAAUUUCUUAUGCAUAUCUACA